AUGGAUAUGCCCUGGCCGGUGUACUUGGCACAUGUCACGGAGCACUUUCUGGCAUUGGGAAGACUUCAUCUACUUCACGUGGUCGAUCAAUUUGAUCAGCUCGGGCGCAUGGCUGAAGCAAACGGACGACGGGGCCAGACUCAGCUUCAUCAACUUGCUGCCCUAUGUGCGGCACUGCUGAGUGGCGUCACCGCUGGGGUGCUGUUUUGCCGGGGCCUACUGGCGCUCAGCAGAGCUUUCACGUCUCUUGCUGUCUCGUUAUUCCUCUGUUCUGGUCGGAUGAUUCAAGCGGCGAUGCCGCACCUUACAGCACUAGGUCUCAUUCUAUAUACGAACCGUUUGCUGAAGAGCUCAGCGCUUCGUCAGGAGUGGCUUGACUUCUGGCAACAGUGGAUUUGGUCAAGGCAACUUCUUUCAUUCUUGGGCUUCGAUGUUGCGAAUGUACAGAACGUCGACUGCCCGAUUUGUGCCAACUCUCUAGAGGACAACCCUUGGUGUUUGGCCAAGCUUCCGUGCUGCAAGAAGUCCAUCUGCUGGGAAUGUGUCUGGAGCCACGCGGAGAGCGUCAUCGACGACGCACGUCCUCAGAUGAGCUGUCCGAUGUUGUGCAGUAGAAAUACUGUGUUGCCAGACGUUCUCGUGGUUGCCUCGCUGCGGAGACGUCAGUGGUCUUGGAAAGGUUUGGAUGUGCUUGGACGCCAGACUCGACGCAAAAAGAGGGCUUACGAGCGCUGGUGCCUGUCAAGCGGCCUGGCAUCGAGCUGCGCGGCGCGAAUGGAAGAUGUUAUUCAUUGCCCCGGAAGCGAAUGCAAUCACAUGUGGGUCCUUCCGAAGGCUCUGAGACGCUCCAAGUCGGCGCAGGAACCUGGCAGCCGUUGGGAUCCGCGUGCCUGGUCACUUGGUCGCCAUGUGGGCCUGUAUGCGCCGCCGACAGAAGACGGCCGCGACGGACGCCGCGUAAGCUGCCCAAGCUGCAAGAUCGACUACUGCAUCCUGUGCUCCCAGGCGUGGGAGAUGCAUGGAAGGAGCCACGAGGGGAAGUCCUGCUUGGAGUUCGAUGCAGCAUUGCCAGAGGCCCAGCGGUCAAAGGACCGUCAUUGGGCCGGGGCGAAAGCAUGCCCGGGUUGUGGAGUUCGCACCUUACGCACCAUGGGCUGCAACCAUAUGACCUGCACGCAGUGUUCCAUGCACUGGUGCUGGGUCUGUGGCAAGCCCUGGCAGCCGUGGCACUAUGGUUGCACACCAAAUACACAACCCACUGGAGACUGUUCUGUGAUGUAA